CCCCCCCCGGCGAGCGACAGCGGCGCAGGUCUCUGCCGCCCCUCUUCCUCUUUCUCUCUUCGGAAUCAAUGGCGGCGGCGGCAGAGGUCGCUGGUGAGUCAUCGGGAACGAAGACGAAGAACCUUAAAAUCGCCGUCAUCCACCCCGAUCUCGGGAUCGGUGGUGCUGAGAGAUUGAUAGUUGAUGCGGCAUGUCAGCUUGCUGCUCAUGGACAUGAUGUUCACAUUUUCACAUCGCACCAUGACAAGAAUCGGUGCUUCGAAGAAACUGUGUCCGGUUCAUUCCCAGUUACUGUAUAUGGAGAUUUCCUUCCCCGCCAUGUGUUUUACCGCUUCCAUGCUGUUUGUGCUUAUCUUCGCUGCAUUUUUGUUGCGCUCUGCAUGCUACUUUGGUGGCCCUCCUUUGAUGUCAUAUUGGUAGACCAGGUUUCUGUUGUGAUUCCACUACUUAAACUAAAGGCAUCAUCCAAGAUAGUGUUUUACUGUCAUUUUCCUGAUCUGUUGCUUGCACAACAUACAACUAUCCUUCGGAGGUUAUAUCGCAAGCCAAUUGACAUGAUCGAGGAAGCAACAACCGGUAUGGCAGAUUUGAUCCUAGUCAACAGUAAGUUCACUGCAGCAACUUUCGCCAGGACUUUUUGUGGCCUUAAUGCUAGAGGAAUCAAUCCAGGUGUUCUAUAUCCAGCAGUCUCCGUUCAGCAGUUUUAUGAACCACAUGCUUAUAAGUUGAAUUUCCUUUCAAUUAACCGGUUUGAGAGAAAAAAGAAUCUUGGUCUUGCCAUUUCAGCAUUUGCCUUGCUCCGUUCUGUUGUUUCUAAGCAACAUGGUGAUGCUCUGCAGGAAGCAAGCUUAACAGUGGCAGGUGGGUAUGAUAAGCGUCUCAAGGAAAACGUUGAAUACCUUGAGGAACUCAAAAGAUUGGCAGCCUUUGAAGGUGUGUCUGAACAUGUUAAAUUCGUGACAUCUUGUUCUUCAUCUGAAAGAAACGAUCUUCUCUCCAACUGCCUUUGUGUGUUAUACACGCCAAAGGACGAACAUUUUGGAAUUGUUCCUCUUGAAGCUAUGGCGGCACAUAAGCCUGUAAUUGCAUGCAACAGUGGUGGUCCAGUGGAAACUGUAAUGAAUGAAGUGACAGGAUUUCUCUGUGACCCCUCCCCCAUUGAAUUUUCGAAAGCCAUGCUGAAGUUUGUGAAUGAUCAUGAUCUAGCAGUUCAGAUGGGUAAAAAAGCACGGGACCAUGUGGUGCAGAAAUUCUCGACCAAGACAUUUGGUGACCUCCUGAACAGCUAUGUCCUGAAUGUCUAUCAUCAGAGGAUUGAGUGAUCUAAGCCUGUGUCGGCAAUGCCACAUUGAAACAUUUUGAUAGCACACUAACAUCAUUGUCUUCUUAUCUUUGUUACUUCUGACUUCGAUGCACACACUUGGAAGAGUUAGCAUGGUAUUGCUACUUGUAUGGUGAUAGUGACGUCGCAUUAGUGCUCUGUUGUAAACUUGAGUAAACUCUACUUGUCGAUCUGUUUAUUCUCUUGGAUAUACAUGCGACCAAGUCCAUCUUGAUUUUUCCUUC